AACAUAAUGCUCGAUAGAAGAAACUUCAACCCUAUAUAUUUAUGUCAUCCCUCUUAUGCAGCAAGCAGCAAGAAGUUAUCUCAACUAUCAAAACUCUCUAAACCAUGUCUGCUUCCUCUUCUAUAUCCACUCAACUAUUCCAACAUCCAGUAUUUUACUCCCGAAGAUUACUACCACAAAACCUUCAGCAUCUACCAACAGCAGCAGCUCCUCCCCCCAGUAACAGCCAUGACCCAUCUGAUCCCUAUGGUGCCAGCAAUGGCUUUGACGCUAAUGUUGUUAUGGUUCUCUCAGUCCUCCUUUGUGCUCUAAUUUGCUCCCUGGGACUUAACUCCAUCAUAAAGUGUGCAUUAAGAUGUUCAAGCUUAGUGGCUUCUGAGACGAGUGGCAACCCCUCAGCUCGUUUAGCCAACACUGGGAUCAAGAAAAAGGCUUUAAAGACUUUCCCAACUGUAAACUACUCAGCAGUGAAGCUGGACAACAAGUGUGCCAUUUGCCUCUCUGAGUUUGCAUCCGGCGAGCACUUGAGGCUUCUGCCCAAGUGUAACCAUGGAUUCCACGUCCGCUGCAUUGAUAAGUGGCUAAACUCGCAUUCCUCCUGCCCUACCUGCAGAAACUGCCUCCUCCAGACCUGCCAGAAGAUUGUUGGUUGUAGCAAGGUUACCACAUCGCAACCACCACCUCAACCAGCAGCAGAGACUAUUUUGCACAUAGCACCACUACAACCUGAAGGUUUGAUACGCGACUAUAGGUGAAUUAAUUAGUUGAGUAAAUACAUCUUACUAGUUCUACUUCAUGCUACCUGGUGUUCAUCACUGUGCUGCAAAGAUUAGCAUAGGUCAAAAGAAUUCUAGGAUUAGUUGUAAAUUUUUAUAAGUAAAAGAAAUUAUGACUUGUUUCAUUUUUUACACCUCCUCAUCCAUUAAAAAAGGAUUCAAAUCACGAUUCAGUUAAAAUUUCAGGAAAUGGAAGAAUUCCUUAACUCCAUAAAAUCGCAGCUCAGUCAACAAUGUAAGAAACAAGUCAACAGUCUCAAAAGUUAUAACCAAUCAACCAGUAAUGAACGGGCGGCUGCCGCCCCCACCCAAUCAGCUUGGUCAA